AUGACUGCUAGUGAGGCGGACAUCCGUGACCUACAGUCAAAUGUCCGUAAAGUACUUACUUCGACCAAAGACCCACUGGAAAAACUCAGAUGUCAGUGCUUGUUGCGUGGAGCGAAUGGUAUCUAUGGAUUUGGAAAACAAUUUCGUAUCAUGGAUGACGAUGGGAGCAAGUCUUUAUCUAAAGAAGAGUUCAAGAAGGGUUGCCAUGAUUUCGGCUGUAACUUAACUCCAGAGGAGGUUGAUGUGCUUUUCAGAAUGGUAGAUAAGGAUGGCAGUGGUACAAUAAUUUUCGACGAGUUUCUACGUGCUUUACGCCCACCAAUGUCAAAUUCACGAAUAGAUGUUGUCAGGAAGGCAUUCAAUAAAAUGGACAAAACCGGGGACGGGAAAAUUACGUUGGAUGAUCUACACAACGUGUAUCAAGUUAAAUAUGAUGCCAAAUACACGUCUGGGAGAGCGACUGAAGAUCAAGUUCUAAGAGAGUUUCUAAAAACAUUUGAAAACGAGAAGUCUGUGGAUGGUGUCGUUACCUGGGAAGAAUUUCUGAAUUACUACAGCGGUGUUAGUGCGUCGAUAGAUUCGGAUUCCUAUUUCGAACUUAUGAUGUGGAAGGCAUAUGGUUUAUAA